UAAGAACGAAUUGUGGUAUAAAUAGGGAGUGCAUUUUUUUAGUAAGUAUCGGGUUUCAUCCAUUGCAGUCCUAUCGCCAUAGAAAAGUACCGAAAAUGUGGUCAACUAGUUUUGUUCUUUUGUGUACCUGCGCACUUGUGUUAGUACAGGCAGCUGGAAAACGCAAGUACAAUAGAAAAAAUGGAUACAAUGGUAACGUAGGAUACACAGGUGGAAACGGUUACAAUGGCGGCAAUGGAUACCGUGGUGGUAAUGGCUACACCGGCGGUAAUGGAUACAGUGGCGGUAAUGGCGGUAAUGGUGGUGGCUAUACUGGCGGUAAUGGUGGUAAAGGCGGUAACGGAUACACUGGUGGAAAUGGCUAUACAGGCGGUAAUCGUGGAUAUACUGGUGGUAAUGGCUAUACCGGGGGUAAUCGUGGAUAUACUGGUGGUAAUGGCUAUACUGGUGGUAAUCGCGGAUAUACUGGAGGUAAUGGUGCAGCAGGCGGAUAUACCGGUGGCAAUGGUGCAGGUGGGGAAUAUCUUGACCUUGCACCAAUCGAUACUGACAUUGGAAACGGUUACAGUGGAAACGGAGGAAAUGGUUACAGUGGAAACGGAAAUGGUUACAAUGGCAACAACGGAAAUGGUUACAAUGGCAACAACGGAAAUGGUUACAAUGGCAACAACGGAAAUGGUUACAAUGGCAACGGAGAUGGUUACAAUGGCAACGGAGAUGGUUAUAAUGGCGACGGAGAUGGUUAUAAUGGUAACGGAAAUGGAAAAUCAUAUGGCAAAAAAUCAUACGGAAAAGACCGAAAAGGUGGUUAUUAAAGAACAUGUCAACAACAUGAGACUUGAUCUUCAACGAAUUAUUUCUGGUUCUUUUGAAAUUUCUGUACAUAUUAUAAUAAAUUUUGCAUCGUUA